GUCACUUGACAAAAAUCAAUGAAGCUCAACCGAACGUAUUCCAAUUAAAUUCGAUUUUGUUAUGUUUCACAGUGUACAAUUGUAAGGAUGUCAAAGGACGUCAACUUUCACGUGAAAUUGUACCCAGAACAAUGUUUUCCCUUGACUGGAAGUUGAAGCCGAAUUACCACGUGAAGGGGGGGCCCAGCCGGUUAGCCGGCGUGCUUGGGACGUGUGUGUGCUUGCCCACCUCGGAUGUUUAAAUAGCCGCGAUGCUAACGUUGGCGCCUUCACUGGAUGCCUGCCUGAAAGACGGCGCCAUCAUGUUCAGGAUGCUUGCUUUGGCCUUGACUUCUGCGCUUUACUUCUUCUCUCACACAGCUGAGGGCGUAGUGGUCUAUGCGUGUCACAAUGACACGGCUGUGAUGUCCUGUGAGUCGGGUUUUAAGAUCCGGUCGGACCACAUUCUGUACAAAGUGGGUGUGGGUACUCGCUGCGGGGAGGGCAAGCAUCACCCCGACGACGGCGAGGGCGUCUUCUGUUCCUUCCCGUGGGCCGAGAUGGUGGUGGAGGACCUCUGCGGGAACCGGCGGUCGUGUGAGGUUCCCGUCACCGAGGUGGUGUUUGGAGAGUAUCCCUGCAAGGAGAAUACGCGAUACCUGGAGGUGGCCUAUACCUGCGUCGCGCAGGCGCCCCCACCGCCGCCGCCGGGACCUGUCAAAGUUGACUCUGACGACAGCACUGCCUGAGCAUUUUCAUCAAGGAGGCCCUUCACUUCCUGCUGGAGCCGGAUGAUGAUGACCAUGAUGAUAAUCUUGAUGAUCAUGAUAUCACAGUGUAGUUUAUUGAAGAUGGAAUAAAAUGGCA